AGCGGGGAGCGGGCGGCGGCGGCUGCAGCUGCAGCAUCCAGAGGCGGCCGCGGUGGCCGGAGCGCCCGGCGCACAAAGGCGCCUGUCCCGGGGGAGGGCGAUGAGCGCCCGGCAGCCAGCGCUCCGGCCGCAGCUACGUGUGUUCGGGGCGCGGGGGGGGUGGACGCUGGACGGCCCAGGCGGGGCCGGUGAGCGCUGAGCUCCAGCAUCGCCGCGCUCCGGGUCCUGCGCCCGCUUGGAGCGGCCAGGCGCGGGAAGAGGCGUCCAAUCGUCCCCGCUCGCAGCCGAUCCCCCGGCACCCCUGCGCCAACUUCCCCAAGACCGCGCCAACUCCGAGCGGCCCCGCUGGGCAGAGGCGGCGCUGCUCCUUCGCGCCCGGGGACGAGGAGGGGAGCCGGCACCCGCGGGGUGGCCCCUUUCCCCCGGAGUGGGCGGCGGCGGGAGACUCUUGGGAGCCCGGGACCUGCCGGCGCUGGCGAAUCCCCAACAAGCUCCCGCCGAUCUUUUAUGGAGUUUGGGUCCCGUGCCAGCCCCGAGAGGCAGCGGCGGUGAGCAGGCCGGGAAGCCGGGUGCCCAGCGCUGGCCGUGACCAUGGGCCAGAAGCUGUCCGGGAGCCUCAAGUCAGUGGAGGUGCGCGAGGCGGCUCUGCGGCCGGCCAAGCGCGAGUUGCGCGGGGCUGAGCCCUGGCGGCCGGCGCGCCUGGACCAGCUGCUGGACAUGCCAGCGGCCGGCACGGCAGUGCAGCUGCGCCACGCCUGGAAUCCCGAGGACCGCUCGCUCAACGUCUUCGUCAAGGACGACGACCGGCUGACCUUCCACCGCCACCCGGUGGCGCAGAGCACCGACGGCAUCCGCGGCAAGGUGGGGCACGCGCGGGGCCUACACGCCUGGCUCAUCCACUGGCCUGCCCGCCAGCGCGGCACCCACGCCGUGGUCGGGGUGGCCACGGCCCGUGCGCCCCUGCACUCGGUGGGCUACACGGCGCUGGUGGGCAGCGACGCCGAGUCGUGGGGCUGGGACCUGGGCCGCAGCCGCCUCUACCACGACGGCAAGAACCGGCCCGGGGUGGCCUACCCCGCCUUCCUGGGCCCCGACGAGGCCUUCGCGCUGCCCGACUCGCUGCUGGUGGUGCUGGACAUGGACGAGGGCACGCUCAGCUUCGUGGUGGACGGCGAGUACCUGGGCGUGGCCUUCCGCGGCCUCAAGGGCAAGAAGCUGUACCCGGUGGUGAGCGCCGUGUGGGGACACUGCGAGGUCACCAUGCGCUACAUCAAUGGCCUCGACCCCGAGCCCUUGCCGCUGACUGACCUGUGCCGCAGAGCCAUCCGCUCCGCCCUGGGCCGCCGGCGCCUGCCAGACAUCUGCUCGCUGCCCCUGCCCCAGGCUCUCAAAAACUACCUGCAGUACCAGUGAGCCGGGGGUGCGGGGCAGCAGUGAGGGGGAACCUCCACCCCUCCACAGCCUGGUCCUGGACCUCUCUCUCCCAGCCAUGUGGAACUCACUGAGACGUCUGCUUCCUGGGCCAGGUUCCCUGGGACCCUCAGUUCUCAGAGAGGCCAGAAAGCCUUCCCAGUCUGUCACCUUGGGGGCAGCCCUGAGGUAUGGGCCACCUCCUGGAAGGCCACCGAGAACCUGGCCUGUGGGAGCAGCGGCCCAGAACUGAGUGGCAGAAGCAGCUGCUAGGGUUCCCCUCCCCUUCGCCGGGGCAGCAGGGCCAAUGUGACCUUUGGGGCUUUGGGCUCCGGAGAAACUGACACCCACCUGCAGAACUGACGAGCGAAGAAGACAAUAUAGUCUGCUUCUGCUUACCUCUUCCAAAGUUGUUUACGGCCCCUUCCUCCCCAGAACCCUUCUUUCCCUUUUCCAGUCUUUCCAAUGCCCCCCUCACCCCACAUACACACACCCCUCCCAUGCCUCUCUUCAGGGAAAAUGAGUCUGACCUAUUCACCCCAGGCACAGGAAGUGCCCACUAGUGUUUUUUAUUUUAAGUGGCCCUUGCAUUUUUCAAAGAGGAGUGUGUUCAGGACAGUACUUCAUCCAAAGGUGCUAUGGGGAGGGUUGGGAUGCACUGGGACACCCUUUCGGUGAUGUCUUGGGACUAGGGUGCUUUCCCAGGGCCUGGGUGUAUGUGUGUGGGGGAUGUCUCUGGGAUACAGCCUAGCCUCCCCCCUCCCACACACACACACAAAGCUUUAUUUGAUUGAAUUAUUUUUUCACUUUUAGAGACUUGUACACGUCUGUUCUGUUUCAGGAGUGUGUGUGUGUGUGUGUGUGUGUGUGUGAGAGAGAGAGAGAGAGAGAGGGAGAAAGAAAGAGAGCGAGAGGGAGGGAGGGAGAGAGAGACACAUGUCUAUGUAUCAGCCAUGGGCAUGGUGUGAAGAGUCGUGCAAGGAGAGGGAAGGGGCCUCCUCUGAAGCAGGAGCCAGGAACGGUGCUGCUCUGCGGACAGCCCUCCUGUGCUUCCAGCCCUCUGCCCGGACUCAUUGCUACCUGGAAGCUGUCACAGCAGGGGGACACCUUGGCACCCCUCCACACUCUAAUGUGAACUUGACCAAGGAAUGAGGAAUGUUUCUAAUAAAGUUUGUCGUUCAGUCCCUCA